AGACUCGUCCAAGCCUACAACACAUUGCUUGCCAAAACACGCAAUUGUGGUACUCACAAUGUGAUUACAUCGAGACAAUUUAUAUAAUGUAGAGAAAAUCAGUCUACUCGAAAAGAAAAACAGCAUGUCUAGAAAAGUAACUGCUGUAAAAUUAAGCAUAAGCAAAACACCUCCUAGGUCCCAAAUCUAAAUCCUUAAAGAAACCAAGCCCAACUGGGCUUUACCUUGAGCCCAGACACAGUCUCCCUCUUUCUGAUCUGGACACCCAUACACUUGGCAGCUAGACACAACUGACCAACUUCAGCCACGUUUGGACCUCCAGCAAGCAAGCCACCGCUGCCAUCAAAACCAUCACCUGCAGCCGCUCGUGCACGACCUACCACCAGGUUCGCUAAUUUUCACCGUCCGGAUCUGAUCCACGCCGGCCUCCCCACAAACCACCAAUCAGCCUUAGAUUAUGAUAACCAAAUCCCAAAGACCAGUAUCGUGCAUGACCUUUGGUCUCGGUGUCAAAACACCGAUGCUCGCCUUUGACGGCAUUGCUAAAACGCGGCUAGGGAGAAAACCCUAGCAGAACAGUUUAUCUUUAUAAAAAAUCAGUAUUUUGUUUCUGUUUUUUUUCCUUGGUUACAGAUAAACCCGCUUUUUUUAUAUUUUAUUUUAUUUUAUUUUUAGGAAAAAACCAUUUUCUCGUCUUAAAACUUUAAAAACUGCUCUGAGCAAGAAACCAGCGCCUCCAUGGCUGCUUCAACUGCUGUUGCCGCUGCCCCAAUCAGUUUCCCUUAUUCUAAGAAAAUAUCAAAUCGUGUCCAGAAAAAUAACAACUGCUGAUGGCUGCUGCUUCGAAUUCAAGGGCAAGAACUGGGCACCAUCUCCAGUUGAAAACAUCCUGUCCAACCCAUAAAGAAAUCUGCAUUGGUAGCAGUAUAGGAAGACUUGCAUUGUUUCUUGGAAAUACAGAAAUACAUAAACCAACAGGAUGGAGUUAAUAUCCUUGCAGUUAAUUAUGGUUCCCCUAGAGCACGUCCUUGUCCUUGGCAACCGACUCUUGAAUGGAUGCUCAGAUAUCAUAUGAUUUUCACGCACAGAGAAAGCUGCAUGCUGAAAAUUUAAAUAUCAUUCAUUUAAUCAAGUACUAAACUAUACAGUUUUUUUUUACAUCCAAUGGUCAAGACUACUGCUGACGUGCCCUUACAUUUGUGUCACUAUGCUAGCUUUCACCAUUGUUGCGCUCUUUCUGAGUCGUUUUUGGUGAGUCACUUGUCCACUAUCUGAUUCUCGGCUUUCCUGUUUGAUAGGUAUGUUGAGAUUAAACUGAAAUGGAACAGGCAUGUCAAAACAGUGAACUUGAAUUUGACAUAUAUCUCUCUUAUGUUUCUCUGAUUCUUACUCUCUGCUAUUGGUACUUUGGCAUCAUCUUAGCUUCUCCUCAUGUAUCACUUAAGAACUUAAUGACAAAGCUUCGGGCAUUUGUUGAUAAUUUCAUGUGCUAAUUAUUAUGAUUAAUCAUAAAUUGGGAAUAUAUGUAUUAAGGCAUAUACAUUCUGCAAAUCACAGUUUGGAGGGUGGGAAGAAGAGAGAGAGAAAUAUUCAUGGUAGGGAAACCUCUAUCACCAGGUCAUAAUUUACAUUGCAAUGGAAAAGUGAUCUUUAUACCUUAUAAACUAUAUGCAUACAAGUAGACGACUCUGUGAUGUCCUAUAUUGUAUAAGAAGCUAGUCUGACUCUGAAUGGAUCUUCUGGAACCUGAAAAAGUAGAAGAAGCAGCUAGUAGUCAGCUGUACUUUUAUUAUCUUUGGAUUUUUUUCUGCAUCUCUUAGUCAUUUCUGUGCUUAAGUCAAUCUGUAUUUCAUGUUGUAUUUUGGGAUUUUGUUCUUCAUCGUAUUACUAUUGGGUUUGUAUGUAACUUCUUUCUAGUUUGAAGAGUCUUGAUCACAAUAUUUUGUAUAUCUUGUGUCUUUCUAUCAUUUGCUAUCACUUGUGUUGUGGUGUAGCAUCUUUUAAUUAAUUAUUUAUUUAUUUUUAAUCUUUUGUGUUUUACUUUGAGAUAUGCAAACUUGCAGGAACCUCUCAAGGAGUGAAUAAGCUUAAUAUCUCAAAUGAUGUCAAUUCAUCAUCCAUUGAAGCAUCUCCGGAUUUUUUCAGGCCUAAUGGUUCGCUGUAUCUCAACCCAAGAAAAUAUUUUGUCAAACCUUAUUCUCUGCCACGAUCCCUCCAUGGAACAAUCUUACAUGCAAUUGUCACAAAAAUUCUAUGAAUCCAUGAAAGCUUGUGCAUCUCUAAGGUCGAUCCCCAUUGCCCGAAAACUCCAUGGCCAACUCAUUUCUGUAGGAUUGGACUCUGCCAUUUUCCUUCAGAACCAUCUCUUGCAUAUGUAUUCCCGUUGCAGCUUGAUAGAUGAUGCUCGCCGGAUUUUCUUCAGUAUUCAACAUCCUAAUGUGUUUAGUUGGAAUACAAUGAUUAGCGCGUUGGUAGACUUGGGUCACAUGGGGGAGGCAGAGAAAUUGUUCAAUGAAAUGCCUGAGAGAGACUCCGUCUCUUGGACUACAAUGAUGUCUGGCCAUUUUCAUAAUGGGCAACCUAAGGAGGCAAUUAAAGUGUUUGCUUCAAUGCUAUGGAAUUGUGAUAGUUUCUAUGACCCAUUUUCCUUCUCUUGCGUAAUGAAGGCUUGUGGUAGUCUUGGUCACAUUAAGUUGGCUCUUCAGUUGCAUACUCUAGUGGAGAAAUUAAAUUUUGGAGGCAACAUGGUUAUUCAAAAUUCUAUAAUUGACAUGUACAUCAAGUGUGGUGCACUGCGUUUGGCUGAGAGAAUGUUUAUGAGGAUCCCUAAUCCUAGUUUGUUUUGUUGGAACAGUAUGAUCUAUGGCUGCUCUAAACUUUAUGGGGUCAGAAGGGCUCUCCAUAUGUUCAUUGAAAUGCCUGAACGUGAUUGUGUGUCUUGGAAUACCAUAAUAUCAAUCUUUUCUCAACAUGGUUUUGGGGUUGAGAGUCUUAGUAUGUUUGUUGAGAUGUGGAACCAUGGUUUUAGACCAAAUGCUAUGAUAUAUGCUACUAUACUUAGUGCAUGUGCAAGUAUACAUGAUCUUGAAUGGGGUAGCCAUUUGCAUGCUCGGAUACUCCGUAUAGAACCAAGUAUGGAUGUUUUUGCAGGUAGUGGGCUGAUUGAUAUGUAUGUGAAAUGUGGACAGUUGCAUCUUGCUAGGCAGGUGUUUGACAACAUGACAGAACACAAUGCAGUUUCUUGGACUUCUAUGAUCAGUGGAGCCAUGCAGUCUGGGCUUGAAGAUGAAGCUUUAGUACUGUUUAACCGAAUGAGAAAAUCUCCUAUUGCCUUGGAUGAGUUUACUCUUGCAACAGUUCUUGGGGUUUGUUCAGGCCAUGAGCAUGCUGGGGUUGGGGAGCAGCUCCAUGGAUAUACAAUCAAAGGUGGAAUGAUCUCCUCUAUUCCUGUAGGGAAUGCUCUUGUUACGAUGUAUGCAAAAUGUGGAAACACUGAUAAAGCCAGCCAAGCAUUUGAGUUGAUGCCUGCUAAAGAUAUAAUAUCAUGGACAGCCAUGAUCACAGCAUUCUCUCAAACUGGUAAUGUUGAAAAAUCCCGAGAGUAUUUUGAUAAAAUGCCAGAGCGAAAUGUCAUAAGUUGGAACUCAAUGUUAGGAACAUAUUUCCAAAAUGGUUUAUGGGAAGAAGGCCUUAAAUUGUAUACACUUAUGCGAAGGGUAGGGGUUAACCUGGAUUGGAUCACACUAGUAACUUCAAUCAGUGCCUGUGCUGAUUUGGCAAUAUUGAAACUUGGGCUGCAGAUUACAGCUCAAGCUGAAAAAUUAGGAUUUGGUUCUAAUGUUUCAGUCAUGAAUAGCAUUAUUACUAUGUAUUCAAGAUGUGGACGAAUUAUAGAAGCGAAAAGAGUGUUUGAUUCAAUAUGUGAUAAAAAUUUGAUUUCUUGGAAUGCAAUUAUGGCUGGAUAUGCUCAAAAUGGACAAGGUAGGAAGGUGAUCGAGGUUUUUGAGAAUAUGUUGAAAAUGGACUACGCACCUGAUCAUAUAAGCUAUGUAUCUGUUCUAUCAGGUUGUGGCCAUUCAGGGCUCGUAACAGAGGGGAAACACUACUUCAGUUCUAUGACUGAAGAUUUUGGCAUCAAUCCUACAUGUGAACAUUUUGCUUGUAUGGUAGAUCUACUUGGUCGGGCUGGGUUACUGAAGGAGGCCAGGAAUUUGAUUGAUGCAAUGCCCUUUAAGCCAAAUGCUGCUAUCUGGGGAGCUCUUCUUGGUGCUUGCCGGCUUCAUCGCGAUUAUAAUGUAGCAGAAUUUGCAGCAAGAAAUUUGCUUGAAUUAGAUUUAGAUGAUUCUGGCAGUUAUGUCCUUCUAGCUAAUACAUAUUCAGAUUGUGGACAACUAGAAGCUUUUGCAGAUGUAAGAAAACAGAUGAGAAAGAAAGGAAUAGAGAAAAAUCCUGGAUGUAGCUGGAUAGAGGUUAAUAAUAGGGUACACGUGUUCACUGUAGAUGACACUUAUCAUCCACAAAUCAAGGACGUUUAUAGAAUACUAGAGGAGAUAGUCAAGAAGAUAGAAGAUACAGGAUGCUAUGUCAAUCCAACUAAUGCAGUUCGUUCUCAGUGCCAUCACAGUGAGAAGCUUGCUGUUGCUUUUGGGUUGCUUAGCUUGCCUGCUUGGAUGCCUAUCUAUGUAAUGAAAAAUCUUCGAGUUUGCCAUGAUUGUCACUUGGUAAUCAAGCUGAUCUCCCUUGUUACCUCAAGGGAACUUAUUGUGCGGGAUGGACACCGGUUUCAUCAUUUCAAGGAUGGAUGUUGCUCCUGUGGAGACUACUGGUGAUAUGGGGAUCUACAACCGGAGAACUCUGAUAGAGUCAAGAACAUGGUAUCUAUUUUAAUGAGAGGCCCUAUCUCUUCCUACGUUUCUUGGCUUCCUGGAAGGCAUGCCCUGCUCCCUGAAUUGCCUCUUUCCACUCUUCAGAAUACAUAAAUGGACUAGUUGAAGCAGGUAAAGAGGGAGGUAAGAUGCUACGUGCAGGCCUUUAUUGAACGCUGGCUCAUGGGAUGACUCCCUUCUUGCUGCUCUUACUACACUAUCCGCAAUGCAGCAUGUGCUUGAUGGACAUGACAAAAUUAUUUAUGCAUUGUUCAGGCCUCCGGGUCACCAUGCCUACUCAAGCUAAUGGCUUCUACUUCCUUAACAAUGCUGGUCUUUCUGUUCAAUUGGCUUUACAUUCUGGGUGUGCAAAAGUUGCAGUGAUAGACAUUGAUUUCCAUUAUGGCAAUGGGACUGCUGAGGUUCUAUCGGUUUGAUAAGGUUCUUACAACCUCCCUUCAUAUGAAUCAUGGUUCUUGGGGUCCAUCUCACCCACAGAAUGGCUCUAUUAGUGAGCUUGUUGGAGGGGACGGAUUUGGAUAUUAUCUGAAUCUACCUUUGCCCAAUGGGACAGGGAACCAAGGAUAUGUGUAUGCUAUGACCAAUGUGGUUGUCCUGGCAAUCAGAAAGCUUUUAGCCUGAAAUGAUAGUUCUGGUCUGUAUCCAAGAUUCAAGUGCUUUGGAUCCAAAUGGAAGACAAUGGAGGGUUAUCGAGAGAUUGCCUGAAUAGUUUGUGGCCUGGUGGGUAGGCACUCUGGUGGACAUUUUCUGAUUGUCCAAGAAGAUGGAUAUCACAUUACUCAGCCGAUUGUCUUCAUGCAACACUUGAAGGUGUGCUCAACCUACCGAUUCCUUUAUCGUCCAAUCCCAUUGCUUAUCACCCUGAGGACUAGCGAUUGUCUGUAGAAGGUAUUGAAUCCAUUAAAAGGUUCCAGAAAGAUACUGCAUCGUUUUUGAAAGGUGAUUAAUUUGAACCGUAUGAUAGUAACUUGUAAAAUUCUGUCUGAUAUAGUAAUGUUAUAGCAAAGAAAAAUGAAAGGCAUGGUUUACGUGGUUAAAAUUGUUUUAAAGCAAACUUGCUAUUGUCAAGGAUCCUUGACAAAGAUGAAAGUACUGCCUAUUCUUGUGAAUGCAUUUGAACGUCUAAUUUAUAUCAUAGUUUGCCUUCCAAACACUAGCUACGCAGAUUACAGUGAGACAAUAAUCUUUUC